UCUUGACGAGGAGCAGUUCAGUCAUGUCAUAGCGAAUUUUCUUGUAAAGCAUGGCAGACGUACCACAAGAAGGAAGCGCUGCUGGGGCCGUAGAAUGCCCUGGUGAAACAGUAAGAGGCUCUGCCAAGGCAGUAAGAAAUACUGAAGAGACAAGAGGCCCUGACGAAGCUCUGAGAGGCUUGGUGCUGGAAGUGAAGCCGCUGGUAUGUCUUCAUGAUGUUCUCCCCAGCAUCCGUGUUUCAGGGUUGCCUCCACACACACCUCUGACACUGAGAGCAGAUACACACGACGACGAAGGAAGAAAGUUCAGCUCGUACGCUCACUACACGAGUGAUGAGAGUGGCUGUGUGGACGUGAGUAGCAGUGAGAGUGUGGGAGGGUCAUACACUGGUGUGUUUCCUGCUGGUUUGCUGUCAUCACUCCGUGGUGUCCCAGACAAGUUCAUCAGAUUGUGGAAGACUGACUGUGUAACACCUUGGAAGGUGAAGGUGACAGCAUCGCAAGGUCACCUGGAGCUGGAGGACGAGGCAGUGGGAGAAGUAAGCCAGGUGCUUCAUCGUCACCUGCUGGGUCCCGGAGUGCGCCGUGUACCUGUUCGUCACGGGCGGGUGCGAGGCGCCCUCUACCUGCCCGCUGGUCCCGGUCCCUUCCCUGGUGUGGUAGAUGUCUUUGGAGGGUUUGGUGGCCUUUUAGAGUACAGAGCAGUUUUUGUCUACACAAGACCUUACUGCAAGAAAGGACAAAAUCAGCAGAGGACAACCAGAAUAUGGCAGAGCAACAAGAGCAAGCACACACAGAACCAUCCCCAGAACCCCACAACCCCACAAACAACAAUCCACAUGCACAGCUCCCACCCAACACUCAGCUAUAGAAUCCCACAGUACACUGCCAGGUCCCCCACUCUCACAGACCCCACAGAACACAGUGUUGGAGAGGAAACUGAAGAUAUGGUAGACCAGCACUGAUGGAAUAACAAAUAAGUGGGAGAAGUGGCACGAAAGACUCAAAGAGGCAUCACCAGACAUCAUAGCUCUCACAGAAACUAAACUCACAGGUAUGAUAACAGAUACCACCUUUCCAGUUACCAUCUUUCCAGAUACCAUCUUUCCUCAGAUCCUGAGGAAAGACAGGGAACAGAGGGGGUAGAGGAGUAGCACUGCUGGAUAAAAACCGAUGGGAUUUUGAUGAGCUGGAGAGAGGAGACAGAGGAGAAGCAAGAGAUUGCAAUGUAAUUCAGGUGGUAAUUGCAGUGAUGCAAGAGUAUGAUGAGAGUAAUAGAGCGAUGGUUGACACAUUGGCAGAAGUGGCCAGAAGGGCUAAUGCGAGCAGGGCAAAGCUACUGAUCAUGGGUGACUUCAGCCACAAGGAAAUAGAUUGGGAGAACUUGGAGAAACAGGGAAGCUAACAAACGUGGAGUUCUAAGAUGAUGGAGGUGGUACUGAAAAACUAUAUGUACCAACAUGUAAAGCACACUAUCGGAGAGAGAGAGGAAAGGAUGAACAGCGAAACUGGACCUAGCAUUCACCUUAAGCAAUCCAAGUAUUGAGGAUAUCACAUAUGAAACAAUCCUUUGGGCCAGCGAUCAUAUGGUUUUAAGAUUCGAAUGCUCAGUAGAGCUACAAGUGGAGAGGGAAGCAGGAAGAGCUGGACGAAUGAAGCCAAACUACAAGAAAGGGGACUAUGUGGGAAUGAAGAACUUCCUGAACAGGGUUCAGUGGGACAGAGAACUGGCAGGGAAGUCAGUAAACGAGAUGAUGGAAUAUGUGACAACAAUAUGCAAGGAACCUGAGGAGAGGUUUGUACCCAAGGGUAACAGGAAUAAUGAAAAAGCCAGGAUGAACCCGUGGUUUACCCAUAGGUGCAGGGAGGCCAAAACCAAGUGUGCUAGGGAUUGGAAGAAGUAUAGAAGGCAAAGGACCUAGGAGAAUAAGGAGAGCAGUCAAAGAGCCAGAAAUGAAUAUGCAUAGUUGAGAAGGGAGGCCCAAUGACAAAGUGAAAAUGACAGCAGUGAAAACGAAAUCUGACCCGAAGCUGUUGUAUAGUCACAUAAAGAGAAAAACAACAGUCAUGGACCAGGUAAUCAGACAGGUAAUCACAUACUGCAAAGUAUGUGAGGAAGAAGCUGCUGACCUAGAUAUCUCAAAGGCGAUGGGACCGGAUAAUAUCUCUCCAUGGGUCCUGAGAGAGGGAGCAGAGGUGCUAUGCAUACCUUUAACAACAAUAUUCAAUACAUCUAUCAAAACAGGGAGAUUACCUGAGGUAUGGAAGACAGCAAAUGUAGUCCCAGUUUUUAAAAAAGGAGACAGACAUGAAGCACUAAACUAUAGACCAGUGUCACUGACAUGUAUAGUAUUCAAAGUCAUAGAGAAGAUUAUCAGGAGAAGAGUGGUGGAACACCUAGGAAGAAAUGAGCUUAUCGCCAACAACCAACACAGUUUCAGGGAUGGGAAAUUCUGUGUCACAAACCUACUGGAGUUCUAUGACAAGGUGACAGCAGUAAGACAAGAGAGAAAGGGGUGAGUACAUUGCAUUUUCUUUGACUGUAAGAAGAUGCUUGAUACAGUUCCAAGCUCCACACAAAUGAUUAAUGCAAAACUGGAGGACCAGGCAGGGAUAACAGGAAAGGCACUACAAUGGAUCAGGGAAUACCUGUCAGGAGACAGCAGCGAGUCAUCAUGGUACGUGGUAAGGUGUCAGGGUGGGCGACUGUGACGAGUGGGGUUCCACAGGGGCCAGUCUUAGGACCGGUGUUGUUUCUGGUAUUUGUGAACGACAUGGCGGAAGGAAUAGAUUCUGAAGUGUCCCUGUUUGCAGAUGAUGUGAAGUUGAUGAGGAGAAUUCAGUCAGACGAGGACCAGGCAGAACUACAAAGAUAUUUGAACAGGCUGCAGGCCUGGUCCAGAAAUUGUCUCCUGGAGUUCAACCCCACCAAGUGCAAAGUCAUGAAGAUUGGGGAAGGGCAAAGAAGACUGCAGGUGGAGUACAGUCAAGGGGGCCAGAGACUACAAACCUCACUCAAGGAAAAAGAUCUUAGGCUGAGCAUAACACCAGGCACAUCUCAUGAUGCGCACAUCAAACAAAUAACUGCUGCAGCAUAUGGGCGCCUAACAAACCUUAGAACAGCAUUCUGCCAUCUUAAUAAGGAAUUGUUCAUGACCUGGUAUUCUGUGUACGUUAUCCCCAUAUUGGAGUAUGCGGCACCAGUUUGGAACCCACACCUAGUCAAACAUGUAAAGAAACUAGAGAAAGUGCAAAGGUUUGCAACAUGAUUAGCCCCAGAGGUAUGGGGUAUGUUCUACGAGAAGAGGUAAUGUGAAAUCUAGCUGACGACACUGGAGGUAAGGAGAGACAAGGGAUAUAUGAUAAUGACAUAAAAUACUGAGAGGAAUUGACAAGGUGGACAGAGGCAGUAUGUUCCAGAGAUGGGAUACAGCAACAAGGGGACACAGUUGGAAGUUGAAGACUCAGAUGAAUCAUAGGAAUGUUAGGAAGUAUUUCUUGGAUCACAGAGUAGUCAGAAAGUGGAAUAGUUUGGUAAACGAUGUAGUGGAGGCAGGAUCCAUUCAUAGAUUUAAACAAAGGUAUGAUGAAGCUCAUGGAGCAGGGAG